GACAGAGAGCGACAGCUAUGAACUACCCCUUAACCCUGGACAUGGACCUCCUCCUCGGUAGCACCAUGAUGGACCUGGAACUAGGUAACUACAGCUACAGCACCGAGAUCUUCCCCGUGGAGAACUACAUCUGCUCCACCGCCGAGGGGCCCCUCCUCACCUCCUUCAAGGCCGUGUUCAUGCCGGUGGCCUACGGCCUCAUCUUCCUCCUGGGCAUGUUGGGCAACAUCCUGGUGCUGGUGAUCCUGGAGCGCCAUCGGCACACGCGCAGCUCCACCGAGACCUUCCUGUUCCACCUGGCGGUGGCCGACCUCCUGCUGGUCUUCAUCCUGCCCUUCGCUGUGGCCGAGGGCUCCCUGGGCUGGGUCCUGGGCACCUUCCUCUGCAAAACUGUGAUCGCGUUGCACAAGAUCAACUUCUACUGCAGCAGCCUGCUCCUGGCCUGCGUGGCCGUGGACCGCUACCUGGCCAUCGUGCACGCCGUCCACGCCUACCGCCACCGCCGCCUGCUCUCCAUCCACAUCACCUGCGCGGCCGUCUGGCUGGCCGGCCUCUGCUUCGCCCUGCCGGAGAUCUUCUUCGCCAAGGUCAGCCGAGGCCACCACAACGACUCCCUGCCGCUGUGCACCUUUUCCCAGGAGAACCACGUCCAAACCAAAGCCUGGUUCGCCUCCCGCUUCCUCUACCACUUCGGGGGGUUCCUGCUGCCGAUGCUGGUGAUGGCCUGGUGCUACGCCAGCGUGGUGAACAGGCUGUGCCAGGCCCAGCGGCGCCCGCAGCGGCAGAAGGCGGUCAGGGUGGCCAUCCUGGUCACGAGCGUCUUCUUCCUCUGCUGGUCGCCCUACCACAUCGUGAUCUUCCUGGACACGCUGGCGAGGAUGAACGCCCUGGGCAGCCAGUGCGAGCUGAACGGCUACCUGUCGGUGGCCAUCACCAUGAGCGAGUUCCUGGGCCUGGCGCACUGCUGCCUCAACCCCAUGCUCUACACGUUCGCCGGAGUGAAGUUCCGCAGUGACCUGUCUCGGAUCCUGACCAAGCUGGGCUGUGCCAGCCCGGCCUCCCUCUGCCAGUUCCUUCCCAGCUGGCGUAAGAACAGUCUCUCCGAGUCAGAGAACGCCACCUCCCUCACCACUUUCUAGGUCCCGGCCCUUCGUUCCUACUUUCUCGGGGGACGCGCUGAUGCUGGAACCCUCCCAGCGGACGCCGGGACCCUAGGAGCUCACCUGGGCCAGUGUCCUUCCGUGGGGCAGCUAGAUGAAUCGACGCUUCUAUCCACGA